AUGUUAGGUUUACCAUUUCUGUUUGGUGUCAAUGUACAAUCAAAGCCAUACAUAUUGGUCACUGAAUUUUAUGGGAUUGGUGGACAAUGUGUUACCAUUGGCCAUGCAGCAAAGAAGCUCUCUUUAGAAGCAAAGGAAUGGGCAUUCAUCCUGGAGAAAUGUGAAAGGUUUAAUUCACGAUGCGAUAUUAAACACAAUAAUAUUAUCUUGAAGAACAGUGCAGACGUUCGCGAACCGGUAAUUAUUGAUUUUGGAAAAAUGAAAAAAGCUGAAAGUGCUAAAAUUUGUAAGUUGAAUUCGAAGGAGCAAGACCGCUAUUUGAAAUAUUAUAAACAUAUAGCGCCAGAAAUAAUUUGGGGAAGAGGGGCGCCAUCUACAGCCAGCGACAUCUACUCAUUUGGCCAAAUAAUUUCUCUGAUUGUCUACUACACAAAAUCAACCGAUCUACAGAAAAUAGCAAAAAAAUGUAUACAUGGAACACCAGAGAAACGACCUAAGGCUUUUAAUGUAGCUUUGGAAUUCAAAGAGGUUAGCAACAAUUGA